UAUCAUCUGCUUCAUCAUUCACAACAUUUAAACUCAACAGGAGAACAAUUAAGGAAACAAUCGGAAAAAUUACUUAUUGGAACAGCAGAUUUUUAACUUCCGUAUACCGUCAAGUUUACAACGUGCACACAACUGACCAAUCAGAGUCAAGUCGAAUGUUAUAUAGUAAAAUGUAUCAAUUCAAAAACAAAUUACGGAACAAAAAUAAGUUAUUUUAAAGUGAAAUUCCUGAUUAAUUCCAGAUCAUUAAUUUUCAUUGGAUAAAAAAUCUUGAUACAAGCUUUGAAGGAGUGUUAUGCUGGUGACUAAUUUACUUUGUCGGACAGAAAUUGUUUUAUUGUAGAAUUCAUUCAGCUUUACAACAUUAAAGAAGAGGCUUUUGUACAGUAAAUGUCUUUUAGAUUGCCAAAUAUAUAUCUUUAUUUCCUCCAUAUUGAAGAGCGGAUGACGAUUUGAUUAAAAGGAAUAAAAAUGACGUAGACAGCACACCGUUCCAGAAGUGUCAUUAAUAGUUCAAGUACAGUUAUAGUAUUAUCCCGUCACAUACUUUUGAUUAUCUAAUUAUUCACAAGUUCAAACUUCGGACAAAUACUUUACCAAAAUAUGAUGAAGGAAAAUUGCUAUCCUCGUUAAAAGUUAUAUACAAUAAAACAAAAAGCCACCAUCUGUUGCUAAAAAGUGUCAUUGUAUUUAAUAUUUGCUGAGCAAACAAAGAAAAUACUUACGUUUUAUCGAUAGAGGGAAAGGAAACCACCUAUAGACCAGAAAAAGUACAAGGUUAACGUACUUAUUUUUUUAGUGUUAGAUUAGAGAAAAGUGCGCGCUUUCAAGGACAUCGAACUGACAAACUGCAAAUCGACAAAUAUAGUUGCUUUCAAAAAGUACAGCAUUUUGCACCACCAGUAUAAUAACAUACUUAUUUUCUGUCGAUCUUUUGUGAGAAGAUUUCGAUUCGUUCCAUGUGACUAAAGAAACAAUAAAAAUAGAUCCACACAUUAAGUCUGGUAUAUUUUGGAAAGCCGUCCAUUUAAAGAUGAAGCAUAUUCGAUUGCCAAGACGUGCCUCAGCUCCAUGCAGUGUGCAGCAUCAAGUUGUCAAGUCAAAACGAUCUCUGAGCCUUGAUGACAUAGAAGAAUUGAACGAAGAUCAGAAACAAGAUCUGAAGGAGGCUUUUGGCAUGUUCGUUUCAAGGAAAGGGAAGAUGUCAGCACGAGACCUUGGUUCAUUUCUACGCUGUCUUGGCUGGAAUCCAUCGGAAAGAGAUCUGGAAGAAGCGAGACAAGAAUUAGACGUCGCAGCAAGUGGUCGUCUGACAUUCGCGGAAGUGGAAAAGUUUGUCCGGAAACGUGGUGGGAUCUAUACAAAAUCAGAAGAAGAAUGCGACAUCAUUGAAGCGUUUAAGGUUCUGGAUAAAGACGGGACUGGGAAGAUAUCUAUUCGCGACUUCCGGCGUUGCAUGACGACUUUAGGAGAUAAAAUGUCCGACGAGGAAGUUGAAGAAAUAUUGCACUUUGCGAAAACAAAAGAUGGAGAGUUCAUCAACUACGCAGAAUUCUUCCAAAAGUGCCAAGAUUAUAGUUCCGACGAGGGUUGACAAUAGACGAACACCAAAAUUGUUUACAAAGAUCAAUCUUUGUCCUUACCGACAACCCAUUUUCUUGUCCGUUGGAAAAAGAAUACAGUUUGACUGGUUACUUAGAAUAGAUGACUUACAAUGUAACUAGUAGAGGAGAAAUCUUUGUAGUGGAACCAGUAGACAGGAAGUUUAGAAACACUGACCAUUUUGUGCUUUUUUACAUUUGCACAAACUGCAUUGAAUAUAUUUUGUACAAUUGCAUAUUGCCAUUUUCGAAGUUCACACUUGCCAAUUUUAUUGUAUUUAAUCAACAGUAUUAAUGUACAUGUGUAUCAUUGUUUUAACGAGUAAACAACAAUAUUACAAAAUUGAAAAUGGUAAUGACUGUGUGUAUUCAUAUUUUUAAGGAUAAUAUACUACAUAAAGGUAUACACAACUUGACAUACCCUAUUUGAUAUGAUAAUGCAAUGUAGGAUUUCGAAUGUCAAUGUAUCAACCUGGCAUAUAUAAAGAAGGCUUUAGAAUAUUUUUCACCUUUAGCUUUUCAUCAGUUUUCUUUUCUAGUGUCAGCUGUAAUAUCUCGACCUAAUAGUCAUUGAUUUCUAAAUCUUGGAACGCAUUCUCUGAUGAUUUUUUUUUGUAAAGGGGUCUUCUAAAAAAUAUUGAAAUGUCCAGUUUUUGAGACAAACUGUUUUUAAAUGUAUUGAAAUUAAUUAUUCAGAAGAUUUAAUUUACAUCAAAACGUACGUAUUAAAACAUUAUCAUAAACAUGCUUAUUUUGUAUAGAUCUAAUAUAGCAUCCUUCAAUUUUGAGGAACAAACUUGGUGGUCGUAAACGAUAUAUAUCUUCUUAACGGAAAGCAACUUACAAUUUGCAGUCAUUUACAUUAAUUAAAACAAUGAUUAUCGUUUUUCCUGGUUAACCAUGAACUAUCGUCAAGUUUCAAGUUAAUUAAAUGUGAAUAAAGGAAACCUUCUAUGUACAUAUUUAACUUUGCAAGUUGUGUUUCUACGUAGUCAUUAUUCAUUUGAAUGCAAUAUCUCAAUUACACAGAGGAUGAAAUGUACUCUAGAAGACGAAGGAGGUAUACUAUUAAAACAGACUGAAUGUUUUGUAUCUCGAUUUCUUAACAUCGAAACAAUGGCAAACACAGGCCAGUAACGAAAUCAAAAUAUGUGUUUUACGCUUUUGUUUUGUUUUUGUAAUGCGAAGUGUUGAAAAAAAAGAGUGUCUGUCUACAAAUGUAUCUAUAAUUAUUUCUUUUCUUAAUACAAAUAAGUUAUUUGAAAAAAGAAUAUCAGGAUAAACGCCUUAAAAAAACAAAGUACAUUUUGUGUCCAGAAAAUCCGGUCAGUUAUGUAAGUUGAGAUCAUUUAUUAGAUCCUAUUUUUCUUCAAGGUUGUACCAAAGGUUAUCUUUAAAAUUAAUGACAUUCCAUAGAGUAUUUGUAUCAUAAAAGGGGAUAAUAUGAAUAACAAGCACUCAUAAAACCCACACAUUACAUUCCUCUAUAAUUAGCAUUUUCCAAUAUUAAUCCUUAAUUUGAUACAUUGAUUUAAGACGUCCAUUUGUGAUACUUCCACGAAUAUAGGGUGUCUUCCGAUAUCUUUAAUUGUAAAAUAACAGAAAAACAUUUGGUCAAGGUCUUUAAUGAAAUAUGCAAAUUUUGAUAAAAGAAUGCAAUUCAUUUGGAAGGAUUUUCAUCUUACUAAAAGAAUUUCCAACUUACCAUUUACAAAUUUUGUCAGGCAUUUACAUUUGUGGUUACGUACAUUUCAGUAAUAAAACAUUUGCACGUCAUUUGCAAAUUAUUUUUUUGCCCCCUUUUCGAUAAUGUGUGCACAAACUGACAAGAUGAUAAUGUUAUAUUUGGGAUGCUAAAGUCUUGAUAUUUGCAAGUUUUGUUUACAUGUUUUUGAAAAAAAUUGUAUAUAUUUAUAACUUUUUUCACACUUUCACAUUUUUUAUUACAAAUACUUACAAUAAAGAAUACAAAGUUA